GUGUUCCUAUCUUUAAAAUGAAGCGAGAGGCUACAGGGUUCUAACACGGGCGGGAGACGUCUUAGGCGACCAGGCUAGAGAGGACUGUGACCAAGACCACGGUGAUGAUUUUUUUCUUUGUGAAAAAGAGAGGAAUCAAAGGGGGCUGCCUGCUUCGUGGAUGGUGGUAGCAUCAGCACUGUAAUGGCCAUAGCUGGAGUAACGUUACUUCUAAGAAGCGUCCGACUGACAUCAAAAUUCACAAGUUCUUCAGAUAUUCCAGUAGAGUUUAUAAGAAGAAAUGUUAAACUACGAGGACGACUUCGCCGCAUAACCGAGAAUGGUUUGGAAAUUGAACAUAUUCCCAUUACUGUACCUAUUAUAUCUUCAUGGAGAAAAGAGCCAUGUGGUUUCUUGCUGGUUAAGCUGGCGGGAGUAGAACUCACUGAAACUGGGAAGGUGUGGUUACAAAAAGAGCUAAAACCUUCCCAAGUACUAUGGUUCCAACUUCUUGGAAAGGAGAAUUCAGCACUCUUUUGCUACCUUUUAGUGAAUAAGGGUAGAUAUUUUAGUGUGAGUCUGAAUGAAGAAAUUUUGAGAAGAGGCCUUGGCAAGACUGUUCUUGUUAACGGGCUAAAUUAUGAUUCUAAAAUCUAUUGGAGAAUUCACAGAAACUUACUUAAAGCUGAAUUAACAGCUGUAAAAAAAGGAGAAGGAAUAUGGAAGGAAGAAUCUGAAAAAGAAAGUUAUUUUGAAAAAUUCAAAGGCUCCUGGAGAGAAAUAUGGAAAAAAGACAGUUACUUAAAAAAAACUGGAUCAGAUUUCAACUUGAAGAAAGAAAGUUAUUAUGACAAGUUGAGAAGGACUUAUGAAACGUGGAAGGAGAACAUGAAUAACUACUCCUUAAUACUGACGUUCCGAGAACUCAUGAGUCGCAUACACUUCCGUAGAAAAGGGUGAAGUAGUCCAAGAGGUCUGGUGGUGACCUGCUUCAAAAAGAAUAAAAUAUGUAAAUAUGAUGGAUAUUUCUCAUCGAGUUGAAGUGGAAGUUUCCCCAAAUGAUCAAAGUUGCAUUCCAAUGGUAUUUAAAUAUUUAAGAGACGAUUCUUAUCAAUGUAAUAUCAGAAUAAUUUAAACAAAUUGUGAUUCAUGUACUGUGCUUUUAGGAAAAAUGAAACACCCUAAAAAAGUUAUCCAGUUGAAGGAGGUACACAUGUACUAACAAUAUAUGAAGAGAGAGUUUAACUAUUGGUCAUUGUGUUAUUUUAGUCAUUUUGGGCAGCCGUAUUUAACUUUCGUUUAAAGAGAAUAUUUGUUGAUUUUUCCAGUUUUGACAACUUUGAUUGCUUAUGAUAAAGGAACUCUUAAGCAUUACGUCUGAGGCUGCUCUCUUCUCUCAGCUGCUUUCUAACUGCCUGUGAAUUCAUUCAGGGCAGAGCUACAAGAGACGAUCAGUUGGGCCAUUUCUAGUAAUGAAGAGUGGCUUAUUUCUACCUGUUGUCAGUUGAGGGCGAUAAUCCUGAAGACAGAAUCGUGAAUGUGCCGAGGAUGGUAGUACAGAGGAUAGAAAGAAUAGGGAUGCUUUCUGACAAUGUCGAGCCCCUGAGAUAGCCAAUCCUUGAACUGUCUUGCCUCCAGUUUCUCAUUAUGAGACAUAGUAAAUUAAUUUUUAAAGCCGGCUUCAGUUGGCUUGAGGAUUUGACCUACACAUAUACUUGCUGCUGGAAUCAUCCUGACAGUAUAAGCUUUUUUCACAACAUCAACAAUAAUCCACCCACAAUGUCUAUAGACGUUUUCCUUAGUGGUUUGUGAUGCUGACCAAAGUCAGAGGUAUCAUCUGGUCCAAAGAGUUGACUCCUGUCAGAAUCAGUAAUACAAAAUGAGAAGUUUACUGCUGUUGCCUGACUCCUGAUGAAAACAUACCAAAGUAGACUUCCCAGCAUUUUCUAAUUAAACAACAUUAAUUUUUAGUUUGGUC